AUGCGUACGGGAGGAGAUUCAUUCGAAGGAGCGCUGUACACCUUCUUGAAUGUUUACCACUCUACUCCAACCAGUGACUUGAACGGCAAAGCUCCCGCUGAAUUGAUGUUCGGCAGACCAAUACGUACCGUAUCGUCAUUGCUCAAACCGACUGAACGUUCCACUGACUCCACAUUCAGAAACAGGAAGAAUCAGAACAACUCAUUCAACAAAAAGCACGGCACAGUCAAAAGGGCAUUUCAGCACGGAGAUACCGUCUACGUAAAGGUACAUCGAGCGAAUUCAUGGCAGUGGCAACCUGUAACCGUGAUCGAGAAAAUCGGAACCGUGAACUACAAUGUCUUCCUGGAGGAUCAACAUCGCCUGAUACGGUCACAUGCAAACCAACUCAACGCUCGAGUUCCUGAACCCAGUACAGUAGGUAAUCCAACACCGCUUUCAGUAUUUUUCGAUGGUUUCGGAUUAACGGCUCCAAAAGCUCUCAAUGUUCCUGUUGACAACCCAGACCCACAGGUAUUCGAAGAACCCGUGUUGGAUGAGUCCAAUGAAGCUAGCCUGACAAAUGAUUCUUCAGAAGAUGAAGUUGUGGGGAAUGAAGAAUGCGAACCUGUACAAUCAACAACACCAAUCCUAGAGAGAGGUCGACGAAUGAUUCAACUUCCAGCCCGGUUCAAGCCCUACUGGAUGAUGAAACCUUGA